UCGGAACCUCAAUUUGCUUCUGCUGGUGGGUUGUUGUCUCACAGAGAGAGAGAGAGGAAUGGGGGAAAUCCAAAUUCUCUGACUUGGGUUUCAUUCUUUUUGCUGGGAUUUCCCCCCUUCUUUCUUCUCAGGGUAAAAUAUUGCAGGUUGUUGUCACAAUGGGUGGAUGCGUCUCAACAGCCAAUAGAAGAACCAGAUCACAUAGGAAACGCCUCCAUAAAUUUGCCAAACGCCGUGGAAAGAUUUCCACUUCUAUUCCUGAUGUACCUAUCAAACGCUUUAGUGAUUCUGCAAUCGGAGAUUAUACUCUUAGUGAGUAUGUUCAUCUUGACUUUGAGAAGGGUGCUGCAACUACAUGCAGAAGAUCUGAAGCUUCUAACAAGACUUUCCAUCACACCCAGCUACAAUGGAACCAUAGCCAAAUUGAUGCAAAUGGAAUAUGCCAAGAGGAAGUAUGGUUUGACUCUGUUAGUAUUAUAGACUCAGAUUCAGAUGAUGAUUUUAUUAGUGUGUAUGGAGAUGGUUUUUCUUCUGUUGGUAAUACAAUUGGGCAAAAACCAAGCACUCAAUUGCUUCAAUAUGGAACUGCAUCUCGCAUCCUAGAUACUGGAAGCAAGUAUGAAGGAUUCUAUGAAAGUUACCUGAAAAUAGAUGGAGGGGUUCCUAAGGGUGAAGACAUUGCUACUAAGACAAAGAAAGUAGUAGAUGAUCCUUAUGGAAGUUUUAAAGGUCUUAAAGAGCUUACUUGUGACUCUGGAGAGAAAGUUCAAGAAAAUAGAAGAAAAUCAACAGUUAUUAUGGUUUCUUUAAAGAGGAAAUCCUGCGAUGGAGAGGAAAAGACUCAAUUCUCUGGUGCAGCUGGGAGAUUGUUAUAUCGCCCAAGAGCAGGAUUUCUAAUUCCAAGUUCAAAAGGAGAGAAGCCUACUCCAGGAUGCUGGACUGAGGUUCCUCCUUCAGUUUUUAAACUUCGCGGAGAUAAUUAUUUCAGAGAUAAGCAGAAGAGUCCUGCUCCAAAUUUCAGUCCUUAUAUACCAAUAGGUGCUGAUUUAUUUGUAUGCCCACGAAAGAUAAAUCAUAUUGCUCAACACCUUGAACUUCCUUAUGUGCAACCACAUGAAAAUUUGCCAUCGCUUCUAAUCAUUAACAUACAGCUUCCCACUUAUCCUGUAGCCAUGUUCCAAGGUGAUUGCGAUGGGGAAGGCAUGAGUCUUGUACUAUAUUUUAAACUAUCUGAGAAUUUUGAUAAAGAGAUCUCUCCUCACUUUCAAGACUCCAUCAAGAGACUGGUCGAGGAUGAUAUGGAGAAAGUUAGAGGCUUUGCAAAGGAGUCCACAGUUCCUUUUAGAGAAAGGCUAAAAAUUCUGGUAGGGCUGGUUAAUCCAGAGGACUUGCAGUUGAGUUCUGCGGAAAGGAAGCUUUUACAAGCUUAUAAUGAUAAACCUGUUCUUUCACGCCCUCAGCAUGAGUUCUUUAGGGGGCCCAAUUACUUUGAGAUUGACCUAGAUAUACAUCGUUUCAGCUACAUUUCUCGAAAAGGACUUGAAGCAUUCCGAGAACGUAUGAAGGAUGGGAUAGCUAAUGUGGGCUUGACUAUUCAGGCACAAAAACCAGAGGAACUGCCAGAGCAAGCAUUGUGCUGUGUGCGAUUGAAUAAGAUUGAUUUAAUUAAUCGUGGCCAAAUACCCACCAUUGUAACUAGGGAUGAUUGAUUUUAAUGGGAAUCUGAAUGGUAAGGCCUCUGCAGUAUAUAGUUCUGGCGCACACAACAAUUUGUAGAAACUGGACCAUCAUCACCUGCAUUGAUGGUAAAAAUGGAAAGAAAAUUCUAUUUAUUUUUUUCUUUUGAACUUGAAAGUGAAUUCUUGUUAAUCUUAUCCAUGAAGAUCUGUAUUAUUUUUCUUUA